CGAUUUGUGGGCUGGCAGAGCCCUGAAGUGCCUGCUCGCGUCCCGUGAUAUGACUAGCUCAUUUCUGCAGGGCUCAUCAGAAUGGUGAAUAACACUGAAGACCCUCAAGAGGCUUUAUAACGUCCCAUCCCCAUGUAAAGUAUGCUCAGAACUUUUCCAGUAGUUCUGCUGGAAACCAUGUCUCACUACACAGACGAACCAAGAUUUACCAUAGAGCAGAUAGACCUGCUUCAGCGCCUGAGACGUACCGGAAUGACCAGACAUGAAAUCCUCCACGCGCUGGAAACCUUGGAUCGUCUUGAUCAAGAGCAUAGUGACAAAUUUGGAAGAAGGUCUAGCUACGGAGGUGGUGGUUCCUACAGCAACAGUACCAACAAUGUCCCAGCAUCUUCCUCUACAGCCACAGCUUCAACACAGACACAGCAUUCUGGGAUGUCCCCGUCCCCCAGCAACAGUUACGACACCUCCCCACAGCCUUGCACUACUAAUCAGAACGGGAGGGAGAGUAACGAGCGGUUGUCUGCGUUCAACGGGAAGAUGUCACCUACCCGCUACCCGCUUGCAAACAGCUUGGCUCAAAGGUCCUACAGUUUUGAAGCUUCUGAAGAGGACUUGGACAUUGAUGACAAAGUGGAGGAACUGAUGAGGAGGGACAGCAGUGUGAUCAAGGAGGAAAUCAAAGCCUUCCUAGCCAAUCGGAGAAUUUCCCAAGCGGUUGUUGCACAGGUAACAGGUAUCAGUCAGAGCCGGAUCUCCCAUUGGCUGUUGCAGCAGGGGUCGGACCUGAGUGAACAAAAGAAAAGGGCAUUUUACAGAUGGUACCAGCUUGAGAAGACAAAUCCUGGGGCUACGUUAAGCAUGAGACCUGCUCCUAUCCCAAUAGAAGAGCCAGAAUGGAGACAGACGCCUCCCCCAGUCACAGCUACCUCUGGGACCUUCAGACUACGGCGAGGCAGUCGGUUCACGUGGAGAAAGGAGUGCCUGGCUGUUAUGGAAAGUUACUUCAAUGAGAAUCAGUAUCCAGACGAGGCAAAGAGAGAAGAAAUUGCCAACGCCUGUAACGCCGUUAUACAAAAGCCAGGAAAAAAGUUAUCGGAUUUGGAGCGAGUUACCUCCCUUAAAGUGUACAAUUGGUUUGCCAACAGAAGAAAGGAAAUCAAGAGAAGAGCCAAUAUCGAAGCAGCAAUCCUGGAGAGCCAUGGAAUAGAUGUACAGAGUCCGGGAGGUCAUUCCAACAGCGACGACGUUGAUGGCAAUGACUACUCGGAGCAGGACGCUUGGCAAGUACGCAACGGGGAGGAGGAGGGAAGAUGUUCAGAGGGAGGCAGAGAAGCAGAGAAGGUAGAAGAAGACAGGAGGAUCUGCUCCAAACAAGCAAGUUACACCAUUCACGCCACACGCAAUGAUGACAGCACUAGCCAUAGUGACCACCAGGACCCCAUUUCACUAGCCGUGGAGAUGGCAGCAGUAAACCACACCAUCUUGGCACUGGCCCGGCAAGGAGCCAACGAGAUCAAGACAGAGGCUCUAGACGACGACUGAUACCAAGAAAAGGGGAGGGUCGAAGCGAGAAGUAACUUAGUUUUAGACGUAGCACCUUAGCAGACUUUCCUCGGUCCUUAAUAUGUGUUCUUACAGUAUAACUUUGCAGUUUCUUGUACGUCAGUUAGCUGUUAGGGUCUUGUUCUGUGAAGAUGGCAUGGUGCCCUCAGCCUUUGCAUAUACUCUCUCAGUAUUAAUUCCCAAAUGGGCAUCAAUCAACCAACCAACCAACCAACCAACCAACCUCCCUCUCCCAGCCCCAGUGGCUAGAAAAAAAAAACAAAAAAACAAACAAAAAAAAUAAUCUUGCUGCUCUGUCUUAGCAUUCAAAGUGCUUCCAGGUAUUUUAGACAGCCCUCAAUUACAAGUCUUAGGCUACACUUAAAAAUCUUGGAGAUAACCCUUAGAGAUGGUGUUUAAACAAAAAAACAAACAACAGACUAGUCUGUACGGUUUUCCUUCUCUAAGACUGAAAGGAUGCAAGCUGAGGUAGUGGCCCAGGGUCGAUGGACACCAGAUCGGGAGUUAUCAACAGAGAGUAAAAAGAACACUAGAAACCCCACUUCAGCCUGGGAAUAACUGAUUUCCAGCUGCAAUAAGCCGUGCCUCACUGGUCAUACAGUGACUCGAUCUACUUCUGGGUGCUGUGCUGAGAAUGUCCAUUGGAAACACAUUCACAUAUUUGGGUUGAUGUUCACAUAUUCAACACAGACAUCCUCCGCUCUCACAACCUGCGUGGCUUAGUGGAUAAGUACUGCCUUCUGCCUCUGGGACCAUGAGUGAAGCCCAGCCCGGGAUCAUAUGAAAAAUGAGCUGAAUGUCUAAUGGACAACAGUCCACUUCUCAAAAACCACUAGUCAUUACUUGGCAUGGCUAGCAGUGCCUGCUCAGAAGAGGUCUAGACUCUUAUCGAUCUGUCAUUAACAAUUUCACCUCUAAUUCUUCCUCUCGCCUUCUCGGGUCCCACCCCCCUUCUCCCCUCCCCACUUUGCCACUUCCAAAAGCAAUGUUUUCCAGGAAGGUUAUUAAGGUCCUAAAAUGGUUGAGUGGAUUUUGACACGUCUGUGUAACUAAUGCCUACGUCCUGACUAGCCUGAAAGGUUGUUGGAGAACUCUUGCAGCUGACCUUUGCUAGAUAAUCAUCGUAGCAUAAAUAUUCUCCUCGAUACGAACUUUUGGGUUUGUUUAAAGGCAGGAGGAUCUCUUACCUGAGAAAUGGGGUGUGAAUGUUUUGUGUUCUCUUUACUCUGUCCUUGUUAAGAUGUGAGAAAAGCUAUACUGCUACGAGCAAUUUAAUUAAUAAUUGGAAGCCAUACUGAUAAUGGAUGUGGUAAUAUUUGUAAAGCGAACCUACUUUAAGUAGCAGAAACUAAUGGAAUUGUUUUCCUUGAUCAUAUGUAGCACUUUUGUUACUUUUUUCUUAAAGAUAUUUAUAUUUGAUAAGUCUUUUUUUUAUCAUUUUGAGAAUUCAAAAUACCAAACGGCAAACUUGCAUUGCAGAGUCACCCUGUGAUCACCUUGUCAUCUAGUAUCUCGGUGAUGAACUGUGUGUGCAUCUUAAGAAAAUUACAUCUGCUGGCAUUGUGUGGAAAUGAUCUCCUGGCAUCCUGAUAAAAAUGCUAUUGUUGCUGCCGGUAAGAGGAAACAUUGCGAUGGAAACAGCACGGGAAGUGUUAGAGACGGGCAGGACUGUGUUACAUUAACAAAAAAAAAAAACAAAAAUUAAAACCCUAUGUAGAUUUUUGUAUAAGGCGAUAUAUAAAAAUUUGCAUAGCGUUUUUUUUUCUCAACAUUCCAUUUUUUUACCUUCCCCGUUUAGGUGGGAAUAGCUUACAAAGGGGGAAAGCAGCUCAGUCUGAAGGUUCCCUUUUCUCUCCCCUCUGCUUCUCGAGGCGGAGGGGAUGAAGGGAAGUUGCUGGUUUUUUGGUUUGUUCUCAGCCCUUCCUCACGCCCGACUGUCAGAUGGCCUCCUGGGCUCCUAAAAUGUGGCUCCUCAGCAGGUUUUUUAGCCAGCCUCAAACCCCUUCAAAGGCGUAGGCUAACUAGAACAUCUUUACAUCUGUUAAUCUCGUCAAAAUUGCUUAGGUAAGUGUGGAGGAGAUUUUUGUGCUUUCAGAGGGCACGGAGUUGGCACCUCUUUGUGGCUGUAACUUUGAAGAUAUAUAGGUAGGGCUUGGCCUCGUCUUUCAUUUAUGGAUUUCAUUGGAAAAUUUAUGUGCUUUCCUUAGAUAUAGAUCACUGAAGCAGAAUGAAGCCGUCUCUUUUUUUUUUCUUUUUUUUUUUUUCUGUUUUAUUGCAUUUCUUGAGUAGGCAAAUUCAUAAGUAGCAUCAGGGCAGACUCAGGAAAGAAAGGAAUUGGAUCAGUGACCGUUGCACCAUUGCAGUUAUUUUCCUUCAUGUGUGUAUGAAUGUUUUGGUACUAAGGGGUGAAAGGACAGGGAGAGCUUUUAUUUCUAUUUUUGCACAGCAGAAUGAUGGAGCAAACUAUAGCCUUAGUGGAAUUUUACCUACUUAUUCAUACUACAGUCACACACCGAGCUGACAAGCAGCAUCCACGAUUUAUAGUAAGGAGAUUUUAAUAAUCGAUGGCCUCUUUACGUUGGGAUUGCCACUGCCAUUUGUUCUGGCUGUUUCAUUUUUAAAAGAACAGACUCAAACUGUUGGACAGCUGCAAUUUUAAAAGAAAUAUUGCUUACUGUGCCAUCUUAAAAAGAAAAGAAAAAAAAAAAAGUCAUUGUUUCAAGCAUCGCCUUUUUAAAGCAAUAGGGAAGAAUAAAAAUAGUGCUAGGACUUCUGUAUCCUGAUUAUAGGUUCAUGUGAUGCAGGAUCAAAGUAACCCCACUGAAAUUGUCUGUCUGUACCAUCUAACAUGGAAUAAUCUGGUGUUAAUUCUGUUUGUCACUGUCAGGUAGCUGCUGGUCUCAUCACGCAUCAAUAUCCUCUCUGAAGGUUAAACCCCUCAUGAACAACUGGGGAUGGGCAAGUCCUCCUGGUCUGUAGCUUUCUGGUAAAUACCAGUUUUCUGCUUUCCCCCAUCCAUCUUCUCACUAGAGAAAAUAUGUAACAAGUGACUUAACUGGGGAAUCAGACGCUUAGUGCCAUGGUGUCAGGUUUUGGGUUGCCCGUGUCUAUUUUGGCUUUUCUUUGACCAUCGAGAGGUACGAGGAAAGAGUAAGAUUUCAGUUGUUAUGGGGAUGCUCUUGGCAGUCUGUUUCCUUCAUUCUCAAAAUUCGUAAUGAGCAGUUUGCAGCUGGCCAAUAAUGUUUUGGUUUCACAUGAAUUAGCGAAACUGGAACAGAUGCUGGUGUGAUGGGAUCAGGAGAAGGGUACGUGAUCUAGGAGUAAGUGGAAGAAUUGGUGGAGAGCAUGUCCUGGAAUCUCACCUUUAUUCCAGGGGUUUUUCUACAAUAUGGGAGUCGUCUUUGUCUUUCUGUCUCUGGAUUUUCUUGAAAAUUAAGUUUUGUAGCAUUGCAAUUCAGUUGCAAUUUGUUAUAGCCAAUCUGGAAUUACUGCGGUUCGUUCUCACGUGGGUUCCCUUGAAGCGGAUCUGGUGGCAGACUAGAUCUGCCUUUUUGUUCUGUGAAUAGAGAAGAAAUUAUUUAAGAUGCUCCUCUUCUGUGAUGGGCACAGAUUGCUUUUAACUUUGUAGAGUAAGUUCUGGCUGUUAUUUUGUCACUCACAAAGUCCUUAUACUUGAGUUGUUGUCUCUUACCGUCUUCUUAAAACAACAAUUUCUACCUCUACUUCUUUUUUGGGUAAUUUGGGGUUUGGUUGCUUUUUUUUUUUUUUCAAUUCCCCCUCCUUUUUCCUGAAGGAUGAGAUCCAGAUGUUUGCAGAAGGAUUUUGAGAUGAUAAAAAUAAGUCAACAUAGCAACGAGUAGACGUGUUGUCCGUUGAUGCUCUAGCAUUAUAGAGACAUCUUCUAACUACUCUAUAAACACAUUUACUGCUGUAGUGUAAUCCCAUUACUCACGUGUUGGGUGUGAACAAGUUGAUAGCAAGUCAGGAGUGCACUCUUGCAGCAAUUAAGGAGUCUCAUUAGGAAGAGCCUUCAGCAGGUCAAGGCAGAGGAUUAGUGCCCUCUGUUCAUCACCUGAGGGACCAUGUCUGGAGACUGCGUGCGGUGUUGGGCAGGGGUGAGUCCAUCCUAGGGUGCUGAGAUGAGAGGGUUGGAGCACACGGCGUGUGGGGAGAGUUGCUGAGAGCUGGGGGUUUUCACACUGGCUCUGGUGGCAGCUUCUGUUUUGUUCUUCAGCUGUUUUAAUGGGUGGGUUAGG